AUGCUGCUUCAAGAAGGGAUCGCCGUCGUCGUCGCGUGGCAGAUCUUGCCGUCGCCGCUCGCCUUGCUGCUUACUGUGCAUUUCUUCGUCUAUGCUAAUUCCGACUCUGUGGUCUGCGCACUCUUGCGCCGCAGUGUCUCCAACCCCGUCACGACGGGCGCGGUGGUUGCGCUCUCGACCUGCAUGUGGUCGCAGCUGUCACGGGCCGUUGCAAUCCCAGCCAACGUGUUGCUCGCACUUGUGGCGCUUGUGAAUCCCGCGGCCGUUGCGUGCCUGCGUCGUAUGGACGUGCGCCUCGCCCAGGCCGCCAACGACGAGAUCGUGGACGGCGUCAAGAUGCUCCUGCUCAUUCACAUUCGCCCGCCGCCGCGGGCGACAAGCUCCCGCCUCGUCAUGCUCGCCUUUGUCCGCGACGAGGUGAUCAAAGCGGUGCUACUGGCGUUGUGCAAGAAAGGGUACAUCUACGCGGCGGGUGUCGACAACCCCGAGAGCUUUUUCCGACUCGUGGGCAAGAUCUUGGUCGCAACCUAUGUGCCACCGUUCCUUUACCAGUCGAUCGCACGUGCCUAA